GGUGCUUCCCCGUUUUCGGUAGGAAAAUCCACGCCGACCAUUGACAUUAAUUUGUUCCAUGCCUCCACCGGCCAUGUAAACGAAUUGUUGAUGUGUGAAACGGCCAAGCAGCAGGGCUUACGACUGGUGGGGGAGAUGCAGCCAUGUGUGGGCUGCGGGAAGCGAAGGGCAGGCGGGCACCGGUGCCGCGGCGUGGCACCCGCGCGGCGGUACCGUUCAGCAAAACCCACAUCGACCUCACGGGCCCGUUCUCUGACGCGCUGGGCGGCUCCUGGUACCUGGUCAUGUUCGUGGACAGCGCAUCGCGGUGGCAACGGGGGUACGGGAUGCGGGCAAAGAGCGACACCCUGAAGUUCGUGCAGCGGUUCCUCGCCGACAUGAACGGCAUGGGCACUCCGGGGUGUUUCCGCAUNUAUGUUGCUGGAUGCAGUGAGCAGCAAACCGUAGCUCCCUCCUCCCCCUCGCAUGCCUUUGGCGAUUAUCGCCCCCGGUGCUUCCCCGUUUUCGGUAGGAAAAUCCACGCCGACCAUUGACAUUAAUUUGUUCCAUGCCUCCACCGGCCAUGUAAACGAAUUGUUGAUGUGUGAAACGGCCAAGCAGC